AAUCCUCCAAUGGCAGUUCAGAAUACUGCCAUGUCCAAGACAGUGACCUUUCUAAGAGUCCGCUAUAAGAAAUUCUGAUCUAGAUAAACCCAAUUUCGCCGGUCUCCUUUAACAUUAAAGCACCGGCGGCAAAUAUGGGGGCCGGUGAGAGCUCGACCCGGAGAGUGUCCUUCGGUCUGGACGAGGAGGAUCGGGUCAGAAUCCUGAACGGAGUCAAGCUCUCGGAGGAUGUUCUGCAGCGGAUGCGGGAUGCAGCCCAGAGACCAGCCGCCUCUGACAGCCGCUCGGAGGAUGCCGGUAAAAGGUCAGGGCCCAGCCCCUUCGAGAUGCAAGAUGAGCUGCGCAGGAGGUAUGAUCGGGAACGUGCCCUGGUCCAGGAGGAGCUGGCCCGCGUGGCCCGGCGGGAGCAGGAGGCCGGCCGUGAGGAGCAGAGCGCGGCCGUGCUGCGGGAGCGUGCCCGGGCCCGCGAGGAGGCAGAGAGGACCCAGCAGCUGCCCGCAGAACUGGACGCUUGGGCUAAAGAGCUGGCGCAUAAGGAGGCGGAGCUGAAGGAGCUGACGGCCUUUUACAAGGAGCAGCUGACAGCGCUGGAGAGGAAGAACCUAGAGUACUACCAGAUGACGUCUGAGCAGUACCAGGAGGCCGCCAGCAAGGCCGAGUCCCACAUAAGGCCCAGGAGCACGGCACCAGUCUGCAGCAGCCUGCAAGCCCAGAUCCUCGACUGUUACCGGGACAACAGAGAGCAGACUCUGAGCUGCUCCGGUCUGGCCAAGGAGUACAUGCUGUGUGUCAACGCUGCCAAGAAGAACCUGCUGGCGAAUCGCGGAUGAAGCUGAGAGCUCAGGCCUCGUCUGUGUCCCCAGAGCCGGCGGCGGCCUCUCGUCACGGCCGGAAGCCGUGCUGCCGAAAGCAUGCCUUCUCUCACCGUGGGGUUUUUUUGACACUGGAUUGUAUUAUCAUGAUUUAUUUUAAAUCUGCUCUGCUCCAUCGAUCAGGCUUUAAUAAAUCCCUCCAGUCCUUAAGAAAGCGGGCUGAAGACGGUUCUUUUUUCUUUCCUUUUUUUUGUGGUUAUCGUCAUUGGUGUGUGAGGCCUGAAUUUUAUUAGCCGACUCAGGAAUGCUGGACACAUCACCCCUAUGGAUCGUGUAUAUUUGCGAUAUAAUUAAACUAUAGUUGUAAGAAAA